AUGUCUUUGGAUUCCGUUUCUUCCCAAAAAACAAUAUCAACAUCGAGCGAUAUUUUGGAUAAAGAUGAAUUAAUAGAUGAUCUCAAUGCCCAACUUGGAAAUUUUCUCUCAGUCAAGCAAGAACUAUGUACAGUUAAAAAUGAAAACGAAUUAAUGAAAAAAUCAAUGAUUGCAAGCGAAACACAGUUUAAAACAGAAAGAGAACAGAACAUGCAGAAAAUAGAACAACUAAAUCAAGAAAUAAUAAGCUUAAAAGAAACCGUGGAAUUACUAACGAAUGAAAAUGAGCAAAAGAAAGAUAUGAUUAAUAACCUAAUGGAAGAAUCCCGGAAGCAUAAGGAAGAAAUAGCUGCAUCAAAAGAAAAUUCAGAAUCUGAAAUUGAUAAACAAGUAAAUUUGCAAACGGCAAGCCUUACGACAGCGUUAGAAGAAAAGAAAGCUCAAAUACAAGAGCUUAAGUGCGAGAUUUCAGAAAUUCGCAGUGAACUCAAAAUGCAAAUUGAAUCAAUAUCAGAAAAGAAGAUUGAAAUACAAAGGCUUACAUCCGACAACGAGAAAUUAAAUAAUAAAAAGAAUUCUGCAUUAAAUGAGAUUACUCAAUUAAAAUUACAAAUCAAAGAUUGUCAAACACAAAUAUCAUACACACAGAGCGACAAAGUGGAACUUGAGAACAAAAAUGAUGAGUUGACAAAGCAGAUCGCAUCCUUAACAGACCAAAUAUCAAAAUUUAAUAGCAAAAAUAAUUCUUUACAAACGCAGUUACGUGAAUACGAAGAAAAAUUUUCAUCAUACCAACAAUUAUUCCCUGAUUCAAAUGAUCUUGCAGAGUCUAUUGAAACAUUACAACAGGAUUCUUUGAAAUUAAUCAAUCAAGUUAAGAAGGAUCAUGCCAAAAUUAAAGCUUGCAAGAGCUUUCUUGUUGAACAACAAGAUCUCCUUGAUAAGAAAGACAAUGAGAUAAAUGAGCUUACAAAUAAACUCAAUGCACAAAUUAACAAGAAUGAAGAACUUUUAAAUCAAAACAACGAUCUUAAUACAAGAAAUUCUUCUCUCACUCAUCGCUCAAAGAAUCUCGAUCAAAGAUACAAAUAUACUGCAGCAAUUAUUCGUGCUAAUACAAAUCUUACUAAUCAAAUAAAUCAAUUAAGAAAAUUAAUUCUUCCUGAUACAAUAUUCCCAAGUCUUAGAAAUACUAUUCUAGCUGUUAUCUUUUCCAGGAGAUGGAUAUCAUGCAAAGAAGGGGAAUUAUCAAGUGAUAAAGUUGAUGAUUCACACAAUUGGUGGUGGAUUUCAACAGAAAAGACAGCUUCUCAGAAUGAUAUUAUUACAUAUGUUGAAAGUAUGAAAGAACAAAUUAAAUCUUCGAAUGAACAGAUUGAGAAACUUAAGAACUUACUUUUUGAGAGUCAAAAUACUGUUAAAGAAGCAAAUAAUACAAUUGAAGCUAAAGAACAACAAAUUUCGCAGGAACAAAAUAAGCUGCAAGAUCACUUGAAUCAAAUUAAACAAUAUGAAGCAAAAUUGACAGAAACUGUUCCAAAAAUACAAUAUGAAGCUUUACAAAAGAAGUAUUCUACACAAUCUUCUAAGCUUCUAGAAGCAAUUAAAACUCUACAAGAGAAUGAAACAAUUGUUAACAAGCUAAGAAGCAAACUUCAAGUAUCAGAAGAAAACAGAGAAAAGAAUGGUGUGAAUGCUAGUGCAAUGGUGAUUGAAGUUAAAAGAUUAAAGCAACAACUCAAAGAAGCUAAUAUUGAAAUCGAAGUCCUUAAUCAAGCGCUAAAUGGAAAGAGAAAAGAUAUUCUUUCACUUGAAAGAGGUAUUGUUAAUGAGAAACGUUCUAAAGCAGCAUUGAAAGUACAAUGUUAUUCACUUGCUGCUGAAAAUCAAAACCUGACUAAUGCUGUUCUUAAUCAAGAUUCUAUUCCAGAACAAAAGAAAGUUGAAGAUGUUACACUCCAGGCUAGAUUGAAAGAAAUGUCUCGCAAUUUAGCAGGAACAAUGUUUAAUUGA